AUGGCACCCUCCUCGCCAGGAUCGGAGAGCACAGGGGAAGGCCCACCUGAAGAGACCCCACAGGUUGAGGCCCUGAUGCAAAUCAGAUCCGAGCUGGAGAUGAUAUCGGGGAACAUGCUCACAAGAGAAAACAUGAGCAUGCUGAUCCAGGAGUUCCGGAUGGCGAUGAGGGAGAAACUGGCUGGGUUGCAGUCCGACCUCAGUGCACUGGAUGCCCGAGUCGAGGCCGCUGAAGUGGAGGUACACAUAUGCCAACAAAGUUACAGGGCCACUGAAAUGGCAGAAAUGCGCCAAUGUAACAUGCUGCUAUCCCUUCACAGGCAAGUGGAAGACCUAGAGAAUCGCAGAAGGCACCCCAACAUUAGAGUGUGUGGCCUAUCUGAGCCGCAUAUCUCACCAGUAGCCACCACACUAGAGACCCAGUUCCCCCAAAUACUCUGCCCGGCAGCCGUGGCGGAGAUCAAGUUUGACUGGGCUAGGACGGCAGACCUAGAGAUGUUCUAUGCUGCCUCCAUGACUUCGGGCUGA